GUGGUAUUCAGACAUCCAACAAAUAUACACCAUGGCAAAUGUUAUUUACACGAUAAAUAACAAGGGUGACAAAUUUGAAAUUUCGACAAUAAUUUUGGAUAAAAUUACGUGUAAUGGGUCAAGUGCUGGUAAACAGAUAAUAUCUGAUCUAACUGAGGACAAAACAGCAAUUGAAUUUAAUUUCCAUCGACACCAAACUUGUACAUCCAGUAUAUUGGACUUCGUAAGAGGAGAUUUAUUACAUAUCCCAGCAGACGUCUGUCCAAAGAAAUUCCGACAGGAAAUGGAAUUUUGGGGAAUACCUGAAAAUGAAAUAGCAACUUGUUGUUUCACAAAAUAUCAAAGUUUUUUGGAUGAUGAGAAAACAUUAAGAGUUUUACAACGAGAUGAAAAUACGCGACAUGAGAGAAAGGAAAGAGUACAUGUACUUAGCAAAUACAAGGGAUGGAAGGCAAUACAGGCAAAAAUGUGGCAAGUUAUGGAAUAUCCAAGCACUUCAAUCAUGGCAAAGAUUUUCAUGGUAUUCAGCAAUUUAAUGGUCAUGCUAUCCUUAUUCAUCCUUGUGGCUAGCACGUCUCCGAUGUUUUUUGAAUCACUAACAAAAGAUGAAUGGGAAGAAUAUUUAAAUGAAAAAGAAAAAGAAACAUACGGAUGGAAAGAAGAGGGUAGUUUUAAUGUAACAAUAAUCGACCUUUUGCCAGACCUACAGAGUCGAGUGGAAUUUUUGGACUAUUUAGAAUGGAUAACUAUUGCUUAUUUUACAAUUGAGAUAAUUUGUAGGAUUUUUUUCUUUCCCUUGUCAUGGAAAGAUUUCUUAAACUUUUUUAUUGUUGUGGAUACCGUGUCUCUGAUAGUGAUGUACGUUGACAUGAUAGCAAACGUGGUCGACGUACGAGAGAAAUACGAAGACAGUUUUGUAGAAGCGGUAAAUUCUUUACAGAUCAUUCGAGUGUUGAGACUUUUUCGAUUGUUGAAGCAUGUGUCUAGUUUCCGCAUUUUAGUCUUUACUAUUCGUGCAAGUUUGAAAGAUUUACUUUUGAUGUUACUUUGUCUUUUAACAGCAGUGCUCAUAUUUUCCUCAAUGGCCUAUUUCACACGGGAUGCUGCUUUUACCAGCAUCCCUCAGGCCUCAUGGUGGGCAAUUGUUACCUUGACAACUGUAGGGUACGGAGAUAUUGUUCCGAAAACACUUCCGGCAAGGUUAGUUGCCUCCGCAUGCGCGGUAAUCGGUGUAUGUAUGCUGGCUAUAUUAAUCCCAUCACUUGUUAAUAACUUUAUGCUUUUUAACAGUCAACUUAAUGUGAUGCAACAAAAGAAGAAAACAAAAAACGAAGCAUUUCUGGAAAAUAGUGUUCUACCAGUCAAUCAAAAAACUUGAAUUGUA